AUGUUCCAUAAGGAUGGUAGAAGUGUGGAUGCGCUCCUGAAGCACAUGCAAAGAAGAUGCAUCUGGGACGUGGAAGGAAGAGUCAGAGGAACCAAUAAGUUUCAACUGGAUUUUGAGAAAGAGGAGGACCUCCAAAAGGUUUUGAAUAAGAGACCUGGCCACUUUAAUAAGUGGAGCUUUUCCCUCGAAAGAUGGAUCCCAACAAUCAAAGAAGAUUUCCCCAACAACAUGACGUUUUGGGUAGAAGUGGAGGGGAUCCCAAGCCACUACAAAAAAAAAGAAAAAACAUUCUGGAGUAUUGGGAAAGCCCUUGGCACUGCAGAUAAGGUGGAUGUCCAAGGGAAUCGACUGAGAGUUUCCAUCAAUGGAGAUGAACCCAUCCACUUGGAACGAAAAAUAAGUUUUGACAAUGGAGAUGUGGUAGCGGUAACCCUAAAGUAUGAAGAUCUUCAUCGCUACCGCUACACGUGCAGGAGAAUAUCUCAUGAGGAAGGUACAUGCCCUGAAUUGAAUGAAGAUCAACGGGAACGUAAUAGGAUAGCCAGAUUAGAAGUUAAGGAGAAAGAAGAGAUAACAAAUAGAGAAGCCUUUUCGAUUCCACUUCUUCGCAAGGAAGGGCGGGCUCUAUCACCACUGCAGGAAAGGAACCAGCUAAUGAAUCAAAGAGAGAGCGAAAAAAGAUAUCAGAGACAGUCGCCAAAGAAGGAUUCAUUCACGGAAAAUGCAGACCUCUGA